CUCAGGAUUAAUCAGGUCAUGUGAACUGGUGCCUGAAACGGCAAUUGAGUUGCCUGGAAACCCCAAGGUGGGGACCUGACGAUAGUGGCGGCGGCUGUGGUUGGCCGAUUCUGCGCAUCCCCGCCUGCAGUUGGUUAGCGCCCAGGCCAAGGUACUCACUCAUCCAUCAUCAGUCAGCUGCAGGCUGCAUCCUCUGCUGUCAUUCCUCUCACUGACUGUCUUAUCUCAACCCAGCUCCCAACACACCUAUAUUGUCUGGAUAUCAACAACUUUUCAUUCAUUUAUACUUUAGUCAUCGAUUCAGGCUCCCAUUGCUCGCUAUGAGAGUGCUUCCUGCGACGCUCCUCAUCGGAGCUACGGCGGCUGCCGUCCGUCCUGCUCAGCAGGUCCUUAUGGCACCGGAUUAUGAAGAAGAAAGCCGUGUUUAUGACAUUAGCUACGAUGAUGCGGUUGAUGAUGGUUAUGAGAUGGUCUACGAGGAUAUCCCCGAGGAUGUCUACGAGACAGCUGAUUCCAUCUUUGAGCCUCUUCGUGAUCUUCAGGAACAACUCAAGUCGUUUACUUCUGAGACGACCCAGGAGGUCUGGGAGGAGAUGGAGAGCAUAUUUCCAGAAAUUCUGGAUAACCUUCCGUUCUUCUCAUCUCCCAAGACCCACAAGCGUCGCCCUGAUUCACACUGGGACCACAUCGUCCGUGGCUCAGAUGUCCAAAGCAUCUGGGUCGAGAAUGCCGAUGGAGAGAAGGAACGUGAGGUUGGCGGAAGACUGGAGGCUUAUGACCUGCGUGUGAAAGCCGUGGAUCCUAGCAGCCUUGGAAUUGACCCCGGCGUCAAACAAUACAGCGGCUACCUGGAUGACAACGAAGAAGAUAAGCACUUGUUCUACUGGUUUUUCGAGUCUCGAAAUGACCCCAAGAAUGACCCCGUCGUUCUUUGGCUGAACGGUGGCCCUGGCUGCUCAUCUUUGACUGGCCUGUUCUUCGAACUUGGCCCCAGCUUUAUUGGUGACAAAGUCAAACCAGUUUAUAACCCUUACUCGUGGAACUCCAAUGCUUCUGUUAUCUUCCUUGACCAGCCCGUCAAUGUUGGUUUUUCAUACAGUGGUAGCUCCGUUAGCGAGACUAGCGCUGCUGCAAAGGACGUUUAUGCCCUUCUCACACUCUUUUUUAAACAAUUUCCUCAAUAUGCUAGUCAAGACUUCCACAUUGCGGGAGAAUCUUAUGCUGGCCACUAUAUUCCUUCAUUCGCCUCUGAAAUCCUGUCUCACAAGAAGCGAAACAUCAACCUAAAGUCAGUUUUGAUCGGUAACGGGUUGACCGAUGGUUACACCCAAUAUGCUCAUUACCGCCCGAUGGCUUGUGGUGAGGGUGGCUACCCUGCUGUCGUUGACGAGAGUACUUGCCAGUCUAUGGACAACUCAUUGGAUCGUUGCCAGUCCAUGAUUCAAUCCUGCUACGAUAGCGAGAGCGCUUGGUCUUGUGUGCCUGCAUCCAUUUACUGUAACAAUGCUCUCUUGGGCCCCUACCAGCGUACUGGCAGAAAUGUUUACGAUGUUCGUUCUGACUGUGAAGGUGGUAACUUGUGCUACACUGGUCUAGAAUACAUCAGUGAAUAUCUUAACAAGCCCGAAGUCCAGAAGGCUGUCGGCGCCGAGGUGUCCAGUUUUGACUCUUGCAACUUUGAUAUCAACCGCAACUUCCUUUUCCACGGUGACUGGAUGAAGCCAUUCCACAGGCUUGUUCCGGGUCUCCUCGAAGAAAUUCCAGUCCUUAUUUAUGCCGGGGACGCGGAUUUCAUUUGCAACUGGCUUGGUAACAAGGCCUGGACUGACGCUCUCGAGUGGUCUGGUCACGAAAGUUAUGCUGCUACCGAACUUGAAGAUCUUAAGAUUGUUGACCAAAAGCACAAGGACAAGAAGAUCGGCCAAGUCAAGUCCUCAGGUAACCUCACCUUCAUGCGUCUCUAUGGUGGUGGCCACAUGGUGCCCAUGGACCAGCCUGAGGCUAGUCUUGAAUUCUUCAACCGCUGGCUCACGGGAGAGUGGGUUAACUGAACUGUUCAUAUAUGAAUAAUCGUGCUACGGGAUUCGGCCAUUCUCUGUCUGCUCUUCUCGUUUCGCCUUUCUUUUUGAUUUUCUUGAGUAUGCUUGUGUGACAUUUUGCUCAUGUAGGACAAGAUGGGUAUUCAAGAUCGUAGAUUGGAAAUAUCAACACCUUUUUGUUAUCGUCUGGAUAGCUUUUCCCUGAUGUAGAUUGUUUAUUAAAUAGAGAUAUCUAAAGGACAUCCGGGCCAUAAACACGUGUAG